UCUUUCUCACGUGGUGAAAAUGGCCGCGAAUGAGGAGAAACAGCAGGGCCACAGACCCGGCGUGUAUAAACAGAAAAAUAAAGGACACAAACAUGGCAAGCACCGGACGAAAGGAGAAAUUGAAAGAGAAAACAAAGGGAGAGUGUCAGUGACGGCCCUUACCAAAAAACAGAGGAAGGAGCAAAAGAAGAUGGACAGAAGGCACAAAGCUAACCAGCUACGCAGAAACAAGAAAGACAUGGUCUUGACAGAAAAGCGACGACUUGGCAGCAGGGACGGUCCACCUCAUUUGGUUGCUGUGGUGUCUGUACAUGCGGGAGUCGAUGCUGGCGCCAUUACCAAGCUGCUACGUGGAGAAGCCGCUGGGGGCGUCGUACAUCAAGAGCGCUGCGUCAGUGGUGUCAGUGACAGCUUUGGGCUGAUUCUGCCACGUUUUAAACAAAGGUUCACCUUUCUAAACCAAAGCACAGCUGACAUGCACUCCCUGCUGGAUGUGGCGAAGAUUGCAGAUAGCCUUGUAUUCGUAUUGGACUCUACUGAAGGUUGGGACAGCUACGGAGAAUACUGCCUCUCCUGCCUCUUUGCCCAGGGCCUCCCCAGCCAUGCACUGGUGUGUCAGGGUGUGUCUGAUCUUCCCGUGAAGAAGAGGGUUGAGUCCAGAAGAGCUCUGUCAAAGAUCACGGAGGUCCGUUUCCCCGAUGCACGUCUUUUCCCUCUGGACUCGGAACAAGAUGCCACCCUGCUUCUCAGACACCUGGGCAGUCAGAGACAGAGAAAGCUGGGUUUCCGCUCCAGACGCUCCCACCUUUUAGCUCAGCAUGUCACAUUCACACCCAGCAGGCCUGCCGAGGGGACAGGUGGCGGAAACACAGGCCUGGGCACCCUCUGCGUCUCUGGGUACGUGCGUGGUCGUCCUCUACGGGUCGACAGACUGGUGCACAUCAGUGGACACGGAGACUUUCAGCUCAGUCAGAUUGAUGCUCCGUCAGACCCUCUUCCCCUCAAUUUAACAACAGCUAGAGCAGCAAAACCUGGCAAAGGAGGAGACGUAGACAUGCUGGACGGAGGUGAGGAUGAAGCUCCAGUGCGUGUGCUCAUGAAAGCGGACCCGACCUGCAGGGAGAGUCUGCAGGCUGAGGCUGAGGUGGAUCCAAUGGACGGAGAGCAGACGUGGCCGACAGAAACAGAGCUGCUGGAAGCUGAAGAGGCCAGGAAGAACAAACGUGUAAUGAAGGUCCCUAAAGGAACAUCUGACUACCAGGCCACGUGGAUUGUUGACGAAGACGAAGAUGAGGAGGAGAAUGGUGACCUUGAUGAGGAAAGCAGCGACGAUGAUGAUGACGACAUGAUGGAUGAAGCCAUGGAGGGAGAAGAUGAAGAGAUUAACUCUCAGGAGGCUGGUUCAUGCUGUGCCUCAGAUGAGGAAGAAGAUGAAGAAGAUGAAGAACAGGAAGAGGUGUGCUCCACUGAGCGAGCUGGAGCAGACCAGCGCUACGAUGCACACAUGGAUGAAGCUGCAGAGGAAGAAGGCCUGAAACGCUACCGAGAGGCUCGAUCCAAUGAGAUGUUUCCUGAUGAGGUGGACACACCCCUCGACACCGCUGCUAGAAUCAGGUUCCAGCGCUACAGGGGCCUGAAAAGUUUCCGCUCUUCGCCCUGGGACCCCAUGGAGAACUUGCCUCUCAACUAUUCACGCAUCUUCCAGUUUCAGAGCUUUGAACGCACUCGUCGCCGCAUCCUGACUGAGGCUGCAGCUGAGGAGGAGGGAGCCUUGAACGGCUGGUAUGUGACACUGCACAUCAUUGAUGUGCCGUUUUCUGUGAUGGAGAGCGUCCAGUCAGGCAAACCUCUGGUCUUGGUGUCUCUUCUGCCCCAUGAACAGAAGAUGUCAGUGAUGCAUGUUUUGGUGCGAAGACACCCCACCAACACAGAGCCAAUCAAAUCUAAAGAGGAGCUUGUGUUCCACUGUGGAUUUCGGCGGUUCAGAGCCUCUCCCAUCUUCUCUCAGCACACAUCAGCUGACAAGCACAAGAUGGAGCGCUUCCUCAAGCCAGAUGCCCCCACCGUGGUGUCAGUGUACGCUCCCAUCACCUUCUCCCCGGCAGGCGUCCUGCUCUUCAAACAAAGGAACGAUGGCAUCCAGGACCUGGUGGCUACUGGCAGCCUGCUCAGCUGCGACCCUCAGCGCGUGGUGCUGAAGAGGAUCGUACUGAGCGGACACCCGUUUAAAAUUAACAGGCGCUCUGCGGUUGUCCGUUACAUGUUCUUUAACAGGGAUGAUAUCAUGUGGUUUAAGCCAGUGGAGCUGCGAACGAAAUGGGGUCGGAGAGGCCACAUCAAGGAGGCUCUAGGAACACAUGGUCACAUGAAGUGUGUGUUUGAUAACCAGCUGCGCUCUCAAGACACUGUCCUGAUGAACUUGUACAAGAGAGUGUAUCCUCGCUGGACCUACGACCCCCAUGUGCCCUUGCCUUUACCGUGGGUCAAGAGAGAGUACAGUGUGGAAAUGGAUGACUCGGACAUGGAGUAGCGGAAGGACAGCAUGCUGUAGCAAUGCAAGGUGGACACAGGACAUGUAUCACCACAAACACCAUCACCGUGGUCACAUGACACUUUAAAAAACAAAAGUGUAGUGUGUAUUAAAUAAAACUAUUUUUGACCCAAAACA